AAUGCAAGAUGGUGGCUGGAGGAGUACAAAUUUGAUGGCUUUAGAUUUGAUGGUGUGACAUCAAUGAUGUAUACUCAUCGUGGCUUGCAGGUAGCAUUUACUGGGAACUACAGUGAGUAUUUUGGUUUGGCGGCUGAUGCAGAUGCGAUAGUUUAUUUGAUGCUUGUGAAUGAUGUUAUUCAUGGACUAUACCCUGAGGCUGUUAGCAUUGGUGAAGAUGUGAGUGCAAUUUGUUUUCAUUUUUAUGUUUUAGACACCUGAUACGUGCAAGGAUCCUUGAUGGCAUUGCUUUCAGUUUAUUUUCUGAUUUCUAUGGUAAGCUUUUGAAUUGUAUUAUGGGUGUAUGGUAAAGAUGCUCUUGUUUCAUCAAUGCUGUUUGGUGGUGUUGAGCAUUGAGCACAGGAAUUCCUAUUUUACCUCAUGCGCUGUUUGUGACAUCUUCCUCCUUGCUGAUGGAUGUGCAUGUUUAUUUUUUAUUUUCUGCUAUAAUAUUCGGUUUGAAUAGCUAACAACA